CAGCAAAAUUUUUCCUUUAUCUCAACGGACUCAAAGGUGCACCAAAGCAUAUCAGGCAGCAAGACACAAAUGGCCUUAGCAAGAAGUACUUUGGAGUCCCAAGAAAGUAAUUUCCUUCAAAUAGUUUUAACAUCAGUUACCACUCCCUUCGAUGUGACUUUAUUUAACCAAGGAGAAAUGGUCAGGAUUUCAGAAGGGAGAAGUACGCCGUUGGUACAUGUCUCCAUAACAAGCAAUGAGGCAUUCUUAAGUGACGAUGAAUUUAUUAGCUCAUUUCCAAAGGCACAGUUGACUCCUCCGCUGAAGUCUUUUCCUGUUUUAACAGAUCAUCACUCAGUUAAUACAGUAGAGCCACCAAGAGAAAUGUUAGAAACUGUGUUGCUAACACCUUCAUUAUCUGUCCUUUUUUCACCAUAUCUCUCAAAAACAACACAGCAAAAGACUCCGUUGAGCACUGUCCCUGAACAUGGUGACACUCUUACAGAACUGAAGCCUUUUGUACCAGAUAGUGAAAUGCUGACUCCAAGCAGAGGCUUGCUGCUGUACCCUCCAAAUACAGCUUCUUAUUUCACUUCCAUUCCUUCAGAGGCAGGAGUUGCAGUGUGGGAAAACAUAAACGCAAGUUUAACGGCUCUGCCUUUUGGGGCUGCUUCAGAAGGGUCGCUUCAUCUCAAGCUGCUGGAUAAAAAUAGCCCCAUGACCCCAGAUGCCAUGGCACAAAGUACAGACCUGAAUGGUGACAUUUACGCCGAUGCAAGUAACAGGGUAGCAGAAACUCUCAGUCUAAGGACCUACCCUAGUCCAAGCAUUCUCCAGGCCACACCAGCUUCAGCAGCCAGUGCUGAGCCUGCUUUGUUUCCUAUUAGUCUUCCAUUUGUGUCUUUCCCGCUUCACUCAGCUGCCAUUUCCAUAGACUCCAAUACGGUUCUUAAUGCCAGCCUGUUUACACAUGAAUUCUCCAGUACACCACCAAAUUUGCCUGCCAGUUCAGAAAUACCAAGUCAACCGGAGCUUGUUAGUGAGCUCAUGAGUCCAGUGCCUUUCAUGAGAUCAUACAGUUCUUGUCUGUAUUGUGACUCAGUUUCACUUCUGCCAGACGCAGGCUUUUCCCCAGAACAUGAUGUGGGCUCAGGCGAUUAUGUUGAAACUUUGUCCAUCAAAGCCUCUGAAGCACAAGGCAUAACUCCAUUUACAACUAUAAUUACUGAUGGGUAUGAAUUAGAGGAGCCAACACCUGAGAUUUUUGAUACUUCUUUUCCAUCAAGACCAGUUGUUUCAUUUUCUUCAAGAUUUGCAGAAAUCCCUGAUUCAAGCAUGUUUUUAUUAAGCACUACAGACACUGUCCUUAACACUAGAACACCCAUAACAAUUUCUGCUUCCUAUUAUCAGCUCCCUGGAGGAACAUCACAGAACAUCUCUGCCCAGUUUUCGCUUCCUAUUAUGGAAACAGUUUCGUUGACACCAAGCACUUAUGUAGAACUUCCUAGUGCCACGACCAUUCUGCUUGACUCUGCAUUCAUCCCAAGUGAGCCAGUAGCAUCGUUUGCAGUCAGCCGUACAACUUUGCUGGAGUCUCUAGAAUUAAUGCCAUCAGAAUCUGUGGUUUUGCUUGACAAGACAUCUACAAGGGAAGAACAGUCUUUAAAUAUUUCAAAUUUUCCUUCCAGUCUUCUGUCAACACCACUUCGUAUUGAACCUAGCUACUUGUCGUUACCAUCGGCUGUGCUAAGUUCUUACUUUGUUACGCAAAGUGAUUUAUCAACACUCUUACCUCAGACCUUGCUGACUGGGACAUCAGUACUUUCUGAGGAUGUUUCCAGCUGGGAGUCAGCUACCACUGUCAGCUCUGCCACUGGUGCUGAGGUUUCUCAGUUCCCUUUUGGCCAAACAUCAUACUUUCAUUCACAUGCAUCCUCUUUUCCAGGUGCACAUGUUCCUGAAAUAAUGCCAUCAUCAGGGUUUUACUCUGAGUCAUCUGUGUUUCUGGAAGCACCUUCAGUAUUGGCAGCGGGCUCUGAAGUUGUGUUUACCUCACCUGUUACAGGAACUACCUCUCAGUUGGAACCUUCACUCUCCGUCUCUCACUCCGUGGUUCCUACCUGGACGCUGCCCGCUUCUGACACCCAGUCUGUUACCAGCAGCAUCUUGCUCAAUGAAACAAAUCUGAUCUCUUUGUUUACUACCUUUCUGGCAACUCCUGUCUUAAAUGUUUCUUCAUCUCUGCUCUCAACUGAUACAGCUUCUGAUGAGGAUAUUGGUGCUACAGUUAACCCCACGCUGCUUUUAACAUCUCGCAGCGAGGGCAGUGCCCACACAGCUCUUCCUCCUGCAGACACCAACAGCGUGAUGCGUUCUCCUACAGCAUCUCCAUCUGUGAUCACAUCGUUUGUUCCCACACAAUUUCCUCCAACUUCUAGCCCUUCCACUGGAUAUGAAGUUCCAGCGAGAAGCAGUGUAACUGCUGGUAUCACCACUGUCCCCACAACCACUGCCACCAGUGCCACGGGCAGCCGCAACACAACUGCUGCAGGCAGCUUGGGGACGUUCUCUUCCACCCUUCUGGCAACCACUACUCCAUCUGAGCCUGUGGUUGCAACCUCUGCCGUGACCACUACCAAGCAAGCCUACGUCUGCGACAUCACGGUCCCUGAUGCUUACUUAGUCACUGCGGUGCUGGCCCGAAGAGCUGUUCUACAAAAUGUCAGUGAAUCCAUCAGAGAAGUGCUCAGAGUUCAGUUCAGGCGAUCAGUAGAGCUAGAG